CAGUGAUCCGGGUGGAGGAAAUUUGGGAGGAGUGUCCGGGGGGCAGCAACUUAAAAGGGGGAGGGAACUGCGGCUAAGGAGACGUUCGGUGAUGGGACCGCAAUGUAUGAGGGGAUACCGUGCCUCAGGUUUAAAAGAGCAGGAAGCUGAGUGAGAGGCUAGAGAAAAAGUGCCUUCGCUAGGCGGAGGUUACAGGUGGUGUCUCGGAAAGAGCUCCGAGGCUGUAGGCUGUAGUCGGGAAGAAGAUCGGAGAACUGUGUGGAAGGGGCAGCUAGGGGACGAGGGUGCAGGGACGAGGGGGAACUUCGCGACUUUCUGAGGACUGGUAGGAAUGUGCCUCCUGGCCCUCAGUGCUUCCCCCCUGGGGGGAGGCAUCGUGAGGGACUGUGGCAGGCUCCAGUGAACGCUGAGCCGCGGAGGUCCAACUCCACGUAUGGAUCCAGGGAAUGAGAAUUCAGCCACAGAGGCUGCCGCGAUCAUAGACCUCGAUCCUGACUUCGAACCCCAGAGCCGUCCCCGCUCCUGCACCUGGCCCCUUCCCCGACCAGAGCUCACUACUGAGCCUCGCGAGCCGUCCGUGGUGGAGCCUAGUCUGGGAGAGAAGGUACACACGGAGGGGCAUUCAGAGCCCAUCCUGUUGCCCUCUAGGCUCCCAGAGCCGGCAGGGGGCCCCCAGCCCGGGAUCCUGGGGGCUGUAACAGGUCCUCGGAAGGGAGGCUCCCGCCGGAAUGCCUGGGGAAAUCAGUCAUAUGCAGAACUCAUCAGCCAGGCCAUUGAAAGCGCCCCGGAGAAGCGACUGACACUCGCCCAGAUCUAUGAGUGGAUGGUCCGCACUGUGCCCUACUUCAAGGACAAGGGUGACAGCAACAGCUCAGCUGGAUGGAAGAACUCGAUCCGCCACAACCUGUCCCUGCAUAGCAAGUUCAUCAAGGUUCACAAUGAGGCCACUGGCAAGAGCUCUUGGUGGAUGCUGAACCCCGAGGGAGGCAAGAGCGGCAAGGCACCCCGCCGCAGGGCAGCCUCCAUGGAUAGCAGCAGCAAGCUGCUCCGAGGCCGCAGCAAGGCCCCCAAGAAGAAACCAGCUGUGCUGCCAGCUCCACCGGAAGGCGCCACUCCCACCAGCCCUAUCAACCACUUCGCCAAGUGGUCGGGCAGUCCUUGCUCUCGAAACCGGGAAGAAGCCGAUGUGUGGACCGCCUUCCGUCCACGAAGCAAUUCAAACGCGAGCACAGUGAGCACCCGGCUGUCCCCCAUGAGGCCCGAGUCGGAGGUGGUGCCAGAGGAGGAGAUGCCAGCCUCGGUGAGCAGCUAUGGAGGAGGUGUCCCACCCACCCUGAACGAAGAUCUAGAGCUGUUAGAUGGGCUCAAUCUCACAUCUUCCCAUUCCCUGCUGGCCCGGAGUAGUCUCUCUGGCUUCUCCCUGCAGCACCCUGGGGUGACGGGCCCCUUACACACCUACAACACCACCCUCUUUGGCCCAGCAGAGGGGCCCCUGGCGGCAGGAGAGGGGUGCUUCUCAAGCUCCCAGUCUCUGGAGGCCCUGCUCACUUCUGAUACGCCACCACCCCCUGCUGAUGUCCUCAUGACCCAGGUAGAUCCCAUUCUGUCCCAGGCGCCAACACUUCUGUUGCUGGGGGGGGUGCCUUCCUCCAGUAAGCUGGCCACAGGAGUUGGCCUGUGUCCCAAGCCCCUGGAGGCCCCAGGCCCCAGCAGUCUGGUUCCCAGCCUUUCUAUGCUAGCACCCCCUCCAGUCAUGGGAGGUGCUCCGGCCCUGGGUACUCCUGUGCUCACACCUCCUACGGAAGCUGCAAGCCAAGACAGAAUGCCUCAGGAUCUCGAUCUGGAUAUGUACAUGGAGAAUCUGGAGUGUGACAUGGAUAACAUCAUCAGUGACCUCAUGGAUGGAGGCGAGGGACUGGACUUCAACUUCGAGCCAGAUCCCUGAGUCGUGGCUAGAAGCCUUGUCCCCUGCUUCAGAGGUGGAGCCAGGCGUGUCCAUAUACACUCUUUUCCCUUGGAGCCCUCCCCAGGAAUUUGGGCCCCUGCCUUAGAGUAGGGGUGAGGUCUGGGGAUGGAUACACAUACACACACACAUAUACACAUACACAAUGCUGAGGAAGUUACAAAGCUGCCCCUUAGGGGGACUAUAGCGGGAGGGAGUUGGGAGGGGAAAAGGGAGAGGGUAUAUUCUCACUGUGCCAUUUUGGGGGGUAAGGCCCUUCCUCAGGAGCCAGCCUCUGCUUCCCCCAUGCCCACCCCUUAGGCUUGGUAGCAGGGGUGGGCUGUGCUGUUGGAAAUGUGAAGUCACCAGUGGCCUUACCCCUGCCUUUGGGAGCAGGAUUUUUUUGUAGAGAGUCUUAUCUGAGCUGGGCCAGGCUAGGUUGAGCCUGGGAUUUUUAUGCAGUGGCCCCUUAGGCCCGUGGU